AGAGAGGGGGAGCUCGCAGGAAAAAACCAGCGGGCAGGUCGCUCUUUGUUUCUGGCUGGACGGAGAACCGAGCGACGCUGCGACCGGAGCGACUGCAGACAUCCCCGCCUCUUCGCCCGUGUGAGUGUCCCCCUCGUCCCCGCCGGGGUACUUGCUGCUUCCACACAUUCCCAGCUACUCCUGAACCAUGUCCACUCCUGACCCCCCGAUGGGAGGGACACCACGGCCCGGUCCCUCCCCAGGCCCAGGGCCAUCUCCGGGAGGCAUGAUGGGCCCGAGUCCAGGUCCCUCUCCUGGCUCGGCCCACAGCAUGAUGGGGCCGAGCCCAGGACCUCCAGGAUCUGGACACCCCCACCCUCCACAGGGACCCUCAGGAUAUCCUCAGGACAACAUGCAUCAGAUGCACAAACCCAUGGAAACCAUGCAUGAAAAGGGAAUGCCUGAUGACCCCCGCUAUGGGCAGAUGAAGGGUAUGGGCAUGAGACCAGGGGGACACAGUGGGAUGGGACCCCCUCCAAGCCCCAUGGAUCAACAUUCCCAAGGUUACCCGUCUCCACUGGGAGGCUCAGAGCAUGCUCCCAGCCCGGUCCCUGCCAACGGCCCUCCCUCCGGCCCCGGCGCCGGCCCUAUGGAGGGAACCGGGGACCCUAACCAGGUGAUGGGUCAACCGACCCGCAGCGGCCCUCAGGGUCCAGUAGGACCGCCCGGCCCAGUAGGUGGACCGGGCGGUGCUGGUGGACCCACUCCUUUCAACCAGAACCAGCUGCAUCAACUCAGGGCUCAGAUCAUGGCCUACAAGAUGCUGGCACGCAGUCAGCCCAUUCCAGAUCACCUGCAGAUGGCUGUGCAGGGGAAGAGGCCCAUGCCAGGGAUGCAGCAGCCGCCCAUGCCCAACAUGCCUCCGUCUGCAGGGCCUGGAAGUGCCCCCGGGGCGGGACCAGGACCUGCCCAGGCCAACUACAAUAGACCACACGGUAUGGUGGGUCCUAACAUGGUCCCCCCUGGACCUGCAGGAGUUCCCCCAGGUAUGCAAGGCCAACCUGCAAAUGGACCCCCAAAAUCAUGGCCCGACGGACCAAUUGUGAAUGCCGCUACACCAUCCAACCCUCCUCAGAAGUUAAUCCCACCUCAGCCUACUGGCAGACCUUCUCCUGCUCCUCCAUCUGUGCCCCCGGCCGCCUCCCCAGUCAUGCCUCCUCAGACUCAGUCCCCCGGGCAGCCUGCACAGCCCCCGCCCAUGAUGCUACACCAGAAACAGAACCGCAUAACCCCCAUCCAAAAACCCCGUGGGCUGGACCCAGUAGAGAUCCUCCAAGAGAGAGAGUACAGGCUGCAAGCUCGUAUUACUCACCGUAUACAGGAGCUGGAAAACCUGCCUGGAUCGCUAGCUGGUGACUUGCGCACAAAGGCCACCAUUGAGCUCAAAGCACUGAGGCUGCUGAACUUCCAGAGACAGCUGCGCCAGGAGGUGGUAGUUUGCAUGCGUCGUGACACCGCGCUGGAAACCGCCCUUAAUGCUAAAGCCUACAAACGUAGUAAACGGCAGUCGCUGCGAGAGGCUCGCAUCACCGAGAAGCUUGAGAAGCAGCAGAAGAUUGAACAAGAGCGCAAACGUCGCCAGAAGCACCAGGAAUACCUCAACAGCAUACUGCAGCAUGCCAAGGACUUUAAGGAGUACCACCGCUCCAUCACAGCGAAGCUCCAGAAGGCCACUAAAGCAGUGGCCACUUACCAUGCAAACACUGAGCGUGAGCAGAAGAAAGAGAACGAGCGCAUUGAGAAGGAGCGAAUGCGGAGGCUGAUGGCUGAAGAUGAAGAAGGUUAUCGAAAACUUAUUGACCAAAAGAAAGACAAGCGCCUGGCCUACCUGCUGCAGCAGACCGAUGAAUACGUGGCCAAUCUCACCGAGUUGGUGCGAGCCCACAAAGCUGCACAAGCUCUUAAGGAGAAGAAGAAGAAGAAAAAGAAGAGGAAGCCCGAGCCUGUGGAGGGAGGUGCUGCUGCUUUAGGGCCCGAUGGAGAGCCUUUAGAUGAAACUAGUCAAAUGAGUGACCUUCCAGUCAAAGUCAUUCACGUGGACAGUGGCAAGAUCCUGACGGGUGUGGACGCACCGAGGGCUGGCCAGCUAGAGGCCUGGCUUGAAAUGAAUCCAGGAUAUGAAGUAGCGCCCCGUUCAGACAGUGAAGAGAGUAGUUCAGAAGAAGAGGACGAGGAUGAGGAUGAAGAAGAAGAGCAGCAGCCUCAUUCCAUUGCAGCUUCAACUGAAGAUAAGAAGAAGAUCCCAGAUCCUGAUAGCGAGGAAGUGUCAGAAGUGGAUGUCAUGCACAUCAUUGAACAUGCCAAGCAAGAUGUGGACGAUGAGUACGGCAGUGCAAGUUUCAACCGAGGCCUGCAGUCUUACUACGCUGUAGCUCAUGCUGUCACCGAGAAAGUGGACAAACAGUCGUCCCUGCUGGUCAACGGGCAGCUCAAGCAAUACCAGAUUAAAGGUCUGGAGUGGCUGGUGUCGCUGUACAACAACAACUUGAAUGGCAUCCUGGCUGAUGAAAUGGGUCUCGGAAAAACCAUCCAGACUAUCGCACUUAUCACAUACCUCAUGGAGUUAAAACGCCUCAAUGGACCCUUCCUGAUCAUUGUACCUCUCUCAACUUUAUCAAACUGGGUCUACGAGUUCGAUAAGUGGGCGCCAUCUGUUGUGAAAGUCUCCUACAAGGGAUCUCCAGCGGCUCGACGUGCAUUUAUCCCAAUCUUGCGAAGCGGCAAGUUCAAUGUGCUGCUCACCACAUACGAGUAUAUCAUUAAAGAUAAGCAGGUCUUGGCUAAGCUCCGUUGGAAGUACAUGAUUGUGGACGAAGGUCAUCGUAUGAAAAACCACCACUGUAAGCUGACCCAGGUCCUGAACACACACUACUUGGCCCCGCGGCGUGUGCUGCUCACGGGGACUCCCCUGCAGAACAAGCUACCGGAGCUCUGGGCCCUGCUCAACUUCCUGCUGCCCACCAUCUUCAAGAGCUGCAGCACCUUCGAGCAGUGGUUCAACGCCCCCUUCGCCAUGACCGGAGAAAAGGUUGACCUGAAUGAAGAAGAAACCAUCCUGAUCAUUCGACGUUUACACAAAGUGCUCCGGCCGUUCCUGCUGCGCAGACUCAAGAAGGAGGUCGAGGCCCAGCUGCCAGAGAAGGUGGAGUAUGUGAUCAAGUGCGACAUGUCGGCCUUGCAGAGAGUCCUGUACAGACACAUGCAGGCUAAAGGAGUCCUGCUCACUGAUGGGUCCGAAAAAGACAAGAAGGGUAAAGGUGGCACAAAGACCCUGAUGAACACUAUCAUGCAGCUGAGGAAGAUUUGCAACCAUCCCUUCAUGUUCCAGCACAUUGAGGAGUCCUUCUCUGAGCACCUUGGUUUUACUGGUGGAAUCGUGAGCGGUCCUGAUCUGUAUCGUGCCUCUGGAAAGUUUGAGCUGCUGGAUCGCAUCCUGCCCAAGCUGAGGGCCACCAACCACAAAGUGCUGCUCUUCUGUCAGAUGACCUCCCUCAUGACCAUCAUGGAGGACUACUUUGCAUACCGCAGUUUCAAGUACCUGCGUCUGGACGGAACCACCAAAGCAGAGGACCGUGGUAUGCUGCUAAAGACCUUCAAUGACCCGGCCUCUGAGUACUUUGUGUUCCUGCUCAGUACCAGAGCAGGAGGUUUGGGUCUGAACCUGCAGUCGGCCGAUACUGUAAUCAUUUUUGACAGCGACUGGAACCCUCAUCAGGACUUGCAGGCUCAGGACAGAGCUCACCGUAUCGGUCAGCAAAAUGAAGUGCGCGUGCUCCGCCUGUGCACGGUCAACAGCGUGGAAGAAAAGAUCCUGGCCGCCGCCAAGUACAAACUGAACGUUGACCAGAAAGUCAUCCAGGCCGGCAUGUUCGACCAGAAGUCCUCCGGUUGUGAGCGCCGGGCCUUCUUACAGGCCAUUCUGGAGCACGAGGAACAGGACGAGGUCGGGGCUCGAGGCGGCUGCAGCACUAGGGGGGCGUGGGAGGAAGACGAAGUGCCAGAUGACGAGACUGUGAAUCAAAUGAUUGCCAGAAGUGAAGAGGAGUUUGAGCAGUUCAUGCGCAUGGACCUGGACAGACGCCGCGAGGACGCCCGGAACCCCAAGAGGAAACCUCGUCUGAUGGAGGAGGACGACCUGCCGGGCUGGAUCCUGAAGGACGACGCUGAGGUGGAGAGGCUGACCUGCGAAGAGGAGGAGGAGAAGAUGUUUGGGAGGGGCUCCCGUCAGCGGAAGGAGGUGGACUACAGCGACUCGCUCACUGAGAAGCAGUGGCUCAAGGCUAUAGAAGAAGGUAAUCUGGAGGACAUAGAGGAGGAAGUGCGUCACAAAAAGACAACCAGAAAACGAAAGCGAGACCGCGACCACGACUGCGGGCCGGCCACGCCCAGCUCCAGCGGCGGCCGCGGGCGGGACAAGGACGAGGAGGUGAAGAAGGCCAAGAAACGUGGCCGCCCCCCUGCCGAGAAGCUGUCCCCCAACCCCCCGUCCCUCACCAAGAAGAUGAAGAAGAUCGUCGACGCCGUCAUCAAAUAUAAGGACGGCAAUGGCCGACAGCUGAGCGAGGUCUUCAUCCAGCUGCCGUCUCGCAAAGAGCUGCCAGAGUACUACGAGCUUAUCCGCAAGCCCGUGGACUUCAGGAAGAUCAAGGAGAGGAUCCGCAGCCACAAGUAUCGCAGCCUGAACGACCUGGAGAAGGACGUCAUGUUGCUGUGUCAGAACGCCCAGACCUUCAACCUGGAGGGCUUUCAGAUCUACGAGGACUCCAUCGUGCUCCAGUCCGUCUUCACCAGCGUGAGACAGAAGAUCGAGAAAGAGGACGAAAGCGAGGGAGAGGACAGCGAAGAAGAGGAGGAGGAGGUCGAUGAAGGCUCCGAGUCUGAAUCCCGCUCGGUGAAGGUGAAGAUUAAACUGAGCCGGAGAGAGAAGGGCGACCGAGGGGGCAAAGGCCAGCGCCGGCGGGGCCGCGGAGCUCGGGCCAAACCUGUGGUCAGCGACGACGACAGUGAAGAGGAACAAGAGGAGGAGCGUUCAGCCAGCGGCAGCGACGACGACUGAAGUCCAACACCGACCGGACCCACAGCCCACUGAGCCCUCAACUCGACUUGAUGCAUUUUAUUUAGACACAGCAGGGAGAAAAACAAAGGCCUAGUUUUACUUAGAUGAGCUGGUUUUUAGUGAGACGGCUGACUUGUCAUUAAAGUAUACCAUUAACAAAAAAGUAAAAAAGACAAAAAAAAAGGACAUGAAACCUAUGAAUCAUCUUCAUAUUUAAACCAUUUCUCAUUAUCAAUAGUAGUCUGUCUCUUUGCCUUUUUUGUUUCCUCCCCCAAGUGGAAGAUUGACAGAGCCUGAAAUAUAAAUUGAUUGUGGGCCAUCAAAUAACUUUUUUUUUUAAUUAUUAUUGUUAUUAUUUUUAAAGUGGUAUUCAUUUUGUUGUUGUACACUUUGAGCGGAGUGAGCAUGUGAACCAGAAGUCGCUGCAUUCCUCGAAGUCCCUUUUUGAAUGCAUGUGUUGCGAGUCUGUGGAAAUGCACCUGGAUGCGUCUCCACCAUUAUCUCUGUGUUUAAUUUAAGACUACAAGCGGGAUUACGGUACGUCCCACUCUGCAGCCCCUCCCUCUCAGGUCACGUUUGUAAAGGGCAGGAAGGGACAGGGACUUUUUCUCUUGUCAGUGUCACUGGAUUCCAAAAAGUACAAUAAAGGCAUCUCGUAAUUA